ACAUGUCAAGUACAUGUCAUACAUCAUCGAACCUUUUCCAAUUUCAAGGCAGUUUAGGUUUAACGCUUUGAAAUAUUUUAGGUGGUUGUUUUUAAUUAAUUAGGUGAAGUAAUGACUAUGACCGAUUAUAGCUCAGGAGGAGAGGCUCCGCACUUUGUGGCGCCUGUAAUUCAAGACAAUCAAGCCGGAUGGGGACCUUGUGAAGUGCCAGAUCAGUUUAAGGAUAUGCCUUACCAACCCUUUAGUAAAGGUGAUCGGCUAGGCAAAAUUAGUGAUUGGACUGGAGCUGCAUUUCAAGAUAAAAAAUAUGCUAAUAAAUAUGCUUCCCAAUUUGGCUCAGGUAGCCAGUAUGCGUAUUACCAUGAUGAAGAUGAAAGCACUUUCCAUUUGGUGGACACUACCAGAGUUCAGAAACCUCCAUACCAGCGAGGUAGAUUCCGUGCUAAUCAACGUAAUAUGCGCGGAAGGGGUGGUAGAGCUAAUGUGCAAGGUGGUGGCAUGCAAGCUCUUGGUAAGGGUGUUAAGACAAGGGACACAUACAAGAGAAGUCAAGUCAAGAGAUGGGGGCAAGGUCGUCCUCAAAUAAAAAUAAGGGAUGCAUCAGUUACUGUAAGACCAGACUGGAGUACUAUUGAAGAAAUGGACUUCCCCAGACUUGGAAAAUUGUCUCUGCCAGGAAUUAAGGAUGGUGACGAUGUUUUGUGCUGUGGUGAACUGGAAUAUUACGAUAAGUCUUACGAUCGUGUCAAUGUUAAAAAUGAGAAAGCCCUACAAAGUGUCAACAGAAUUUUCCAUACUGUUACUACUACAGACGAUCCAGUUAUCAGAAAAUUGACAAAAACUGAAGGCAAUGUAUAUGCUACAGAUGCAAUUUUGGCUACCAUUAUGUGUUGUACUCGUUCCAAUUAUUCUUGGGAUAUUGUUAUUGAAAAAAUAGGCGACAAACUAUUUUUCGACAAGAGAGACAACACAGAAUUUGAUUUACUGACUGUAAAUGAGACAUCGGUUGAGCCCCCUCAAGAUGAUGGCAACUCCUUAAAUUCACCAAGAAAUUUGGCUCUGGAAGCUACAUUCAUUAACCACAAUUUCAGCCAACAAGUACUGAAAAUAGGUGCAAAUGAACCACGGUACAAGUUUGAUGAUCCAAACCCAUUCAUAUCAGAAGAAGAGGAGGGAGAAAUUGCUAGUGUUGCUUAUAGAUACCGCAAGUGGGAUCUUGGAGGAGGAAUUACAUUGGUUGCCCGUUGUGAACAUGAUGCCGUAGUCCAAUCUCCCAACGGUGAACUCCAAUUCCUUACCAUUAAGGCCCUAAACGAAUGGGAUUCCAAACUGGCCAACGGCGUCGAAUGGCGCCAAAAACUGGAUACCCAACGAGGUGCCGUUCUAGCUAACGAGCUCCGCAACAACGCUUGCAAACUGGCUAAAUGGACCGUCCAGGCACUUCUGGCUGGAAGCGAUCAAAUUAAGUUCGGUUAUGUAUCUCGUGCCCACGUCAGAGAUAACAGCAAACAUGUUAUUCUAGGAACGCAACAAUAUAAACCACACGAAUUCGCUACACAGAUUAACUUGAACAUGGAUAACGCUUGGGGUAUUUUGAGGUGCAUCGUGGAUAUUGUCAUGAAGCAGAAAGAUGGAAAAUAUUUGAUCAUGAAGGAUCCAAAUAAGCCCAUGAUCCGUCUCUAUGAUAUUCCCGAUAACACUUUUGAAUCCGACGGGGAAACUGAAUCUGACGACGAUGUCCCAGAAAGCUCUACAGCAUUUCCAUUGUAUUCCUACAGUUCUAGUUCCAAACGUUAAGAAAAUUGCAGUGUUAGGUAUUAAUUCGAUAAAAAGAGAUAAACCAUAAACCAAGCAUAUAAAUCAUACAUAAAUAACCAAUUUGGGGAAACGAAGAAUGGUACAUACACAAAUAACAACAAAAAUCAAAAGGUUUAUCUGUUUUUAUGGAAUUUCUGCUGUGGUAUCUGUAUUUGGUUAUAUUGGAAUUUUUAAUGAAAAUGAAAUUAAAUAUUAGAUACGCAAUAGGCACAUGUAGUGCUAUAUAUGUGCUAUUUGAUAAAUAAAACUUGCAUAUACGUUGA